GAGGACUUUUCAUGAGAAACACUGUCCAGGAACACAGCGCAUUCCGAUUUGCGGUGCAGUUGUACAACACCAACCAGAAUUUCACCGAAAAGCCCUUCCAUUUGAACUACCAUGUGGAUCACCUGGAUUCUUCCAACAGUUUUUCGGUGACCAACGCAUUCUGUUCCCAGUUCUCCAGAGGAGUCUAUGCCAUCUUUGGAUUCUAUGACCAGAUGUCAAUGAACACACUGACGUCCUUUUGUGGGGCACUGCAUACAUCUUUCAUCACGCCCAGCUUUCCAACAGAUGCUGAGGUUCAGUUUGUCAUCCAGAUGCGUCCAGCUCUGAAAGGGGCCAUCUUAAGCCUUCUGACAUACUAUAACUGGGAAAAAUUCGUAUAUCUCUAUGAUACCGAACGAGGUUUUUCCAUCCUCCAAGCAAUUAUGGAAGCUGCUGUGCAAAAUAAUUGGCAAGUGACAGCCCGAUCAGUGGGAAGCAUCAAAGAUGUCCAGGAGUUUAAGGCAAUCAUCGAAGAAAUGGACAAACGGCAAGAGAAGAAAUACUUGAUUGAUUGUGAAGUGGAAAGGAUAAACGUCAUUUUGGAACAGGUUGCAGCCUCAGUAAAAAUUCAGAAGUUACCACUAUAUGCUGCUAACCUGGGUUUUACAGAUAUCUCGGUGGAGAAAGUGAUCCAGGCCGGGGCCAUAACUGGAUUUCAGAUUAUUAAAGAUAACCCAUUGGUCCAACAAUUUAUGCAGCGUUGGGUGAGACUCGAUGAAAGGGAAUUUCCCGAAGCCAAAAAUUCUCCAUUAAAGUAUACAUCUGCGUUGACCCACGAUGCAAUCCUUGUCAUAGCGGAAGCGUUCCGGUACCUCCGAAGGCAGCGGGUAGAUGUAUCCCGGAGAGGAAGUGCUGGAGAUUGUUUAGCAAACCCAGCCGUGCCUUGGAGCCAAGGGAUUGAUAUUGAGAGAGCAUUGAAGAUGGUUCAGGUUCCAGGAAUGACAGGAAAUAUCCAGUUUGACACCUAUGGACGUAGAACCAAUUACACAAUUGAUGUGUAUGAAAUGAGACCUGGCGGGCCACGGAAGGCUGGUUAUUGGAAUGAAUAUGAACGAUUUGUGCCUGCAAUUGAUUCUACUGUGUCCAACGAUACGUCCUCAGUUGAGAACAGAACCAUUGUGGUGACUACCAUCCUUGAAGCACCCUAUGUCAUGCGCAAGCAGUCACCUGACCAGAAGGAAGGGAAUGAGAAAUACGAAGGGUAUUGUGUUGACCUCGCUUACGAAAUUGCAAAACAUGUUGGGAUUAAAUAUGUCCUGUCCAUUGUUCCUGAUGGGAAGUAUGGAGCAAAGGACCCUGAGACUAAAAUGUGGAAUGGCAUGGUGGGUGAGCUGGUCUAUGGGAGAGCAGAUAUAGCUGUGGCCCCAUUGACUAUAACCUUGGUCCGAGAAGAAGUCAUAGAUUUUUCCAAACCUUUUAUGAGCUUGGGCAUUUCUAUCAUGAUCAAGAAGCCCCAGAAAUCUAAACCGGGGGUCUUCUCCUUUCUGGAUCCUUUGGCCUAUGAAAUUUGGAUGUGUAUAGUCUUUGCGUACAUUGGCGUCAGCGUAGUUCUCUUUCUAGUCAGCCGAUUCAGUCCUUACGAGUGGCAUUUGGAAGAUAACCAGGAAGAGCCUCGCGACCCUCAGAAUCCACCUGAUCCUCCCAAUGAAUUUGGAAUAUUUAACAGCCUUUGGUUUUCCCUGGGUGCCUUUAUGCAGCAAGGAUGUGAUAUUUCUCCAAGGUCUCUCUCAGGGCGAAUGGGCGGAGUUUGGUGGUUCUUCACCCUCAUCAUCAUCUCGUCCUACACCGCCAACCUGGCUGCCUUCCUCACGGUGGAAAGGAUGGUGUCACCCAUUGAAAGCGCGGAAGAUCUGGCUAAGCAGACCGAGAUUGCCUACGGGACAUUGGAUUCCGGCUCAACCAAAGAAUUCUUUAGAAGAUCCAAAAUUGCUGUCUAUGAGAAAAUGUGGUCAUACAUGAAGUCGGCAGAGCCCUCGGUGUUUGCCAAGACCACGGCCGACGGGGUGGCCCGCGUGAGGAAAUCAAAGGGAAAGUUUGCAUUCCUCCUCGAAUCCACCAUGAAUGAGUACAUUGAACAGCGAAAGCCCUGUGACACAAUGAAAGUUGGUGGGAACCUGGAUUCCAAAGGCUAUGGUGUAGCAACUCCUAAAGGCUCAGCAUUAAGAACUCCUGUAAACCUUGCAGUAUUGAAACUCAGUGAACAAGGCAUCUUAGACAAGCUGAAAAACAAAUGGUGGUACGAUAAAGGUGAAUGUGGUGCCAAGGAUUCCGGAAGCAAGGACAAGACCAGUGCACUCAGCUUGAGCAAUGUGGCAGGGGUGUUUUACAUCCUGGUUGGAGGCCUCGGGCUUGCCAUGACGGUGGCCUUGAUAGAGUUUUGUUACAAGUCUCGGGCAGAGUCCAAACGAAUGAAACUCACAAAGAACACACAAAACUUUAAGCCAGCUCCUGCACCCAAUACCCAGAAUUAUGCCACGUACAGAGAAGGAUACAACGUGUAUGGAACAGAAAGUGUAAAGAUCUAGUGAUCCUGCAUUUAUCAUGGCUUGCAAAGGGAGGAACAACCGAGAUUCCCAGUUACUUCAGUGAUCCUGGUCACCUGAGCCAAUUUUACUCUCUCUCCCGGGUGUCGGUUUUCGACACGAUACUGAUGAUGGUGCCAAGAACUUUUCACAGGAUUCUCUUUUUUGUUUUUGUUUUGUUUUGUUUUGUUUUCCUUCAGUGCCUUAACAGGAGAUUCUUAAGACUUUAGAAACAAUGCAAAAACCAUCAGAAAAAAUAAAUAAAUAAUAUUUUUGCUUUGCUUGAAAAAUGAACAAAAACGUGGCAAGAGACCAGUCCGCUCAGCAGACAAUAUUCAUAAAGGCAGAGACAGAGAGAGACAAAACAAAAGACGUGGAAAGCAUUCUUG